AUGGCGGAAGAGGUCAAGUUCGUCGCCCCCCUGUCGCAAGGGUUCGGCUAUGGCAUUAUUAUCGGUCUGGGCUUCGCCUUUGCCCUCGUCAUGAUCUUCAUCACAUGGGCUCUCAAGCGAUACCAACAUGAAGUGAUUACCUCCGAGAUGUUCUCCACCGCUGGACGGUCUGUCAAAUCCGGUCUGGUUGCUGCCGCCGUCGUCAGUAGUUGGACCUGGGCUGCCACCCUUCUCCAGUCCUCUGCCGUGGCCUACCAGUACGGCAUAUCCGGUCCUUUCUUCUAUGCUUCCGGCGCCACGGUCCAAAUCAUUCUGUUCGCGACGCUAGCUAUCGAACUCAAAAGACGAGCCCCCAAUGCGCAUACCUUCCUCGAAGCCCUCCGUGCUCGCUACGGAACCCCCGUUCACAUCGUCUUCAUCGUCUUCUGCUUGAUGACCAACAUCCUGGUCACCGCCAUGCUGCUCACCGGCGGCUCCGCCGUCCUGACCUCUCUCACCGGAGUCAACACUGUGGCGGCUUGUUUCCUCCUCCCAAUCGGUGUCGUCCUUUACACCAUCUUCGGAGGUAUUAAGGCUACCUUCAUCACCGACUACAUGCACACUGUGGUGAUUAUCGUUGUGAUUCUCAUCUAUGCCUUCUCGGCUUAUGCGACCAACCGCGUGCUCGGAUCGCCGAGCCGCGUCUACGAUGCGUUGGUGGCGGCGGCUGACCGAUUUCCUGUCGAGGGCAAUGCGCAGGGUAGCUACCUCACGAUGAGAUCGAAGGAGGGUGGUAUCUUCUGGGUGAUCAACCUUGUUGGUAACUUUGGCACCGUCUUUUUGGACAACGGCUACUACAACAAGGCCAUCGCUGCUCACCCCGUCCACGCUUUCCCCGGAUACGUCAUCGGUGGUCUCUGCUGGUUCGCCAUCCCUUGGCUCUGCGCGAGCACCAUGGGUAUCUCCGCGCUGGCUCUCGAAGGCACCCGACGCAUGAGCCAGAGCGACGUGACCGCCGGUCUCGUGCUGCCCUUUGCCGCUGUCGAGCUGCUGGGCUACAGCGGCGCCGUCUGUACCACGCUCAUGAUCUUCAUGGCCGUCACCUCGGCCUUCUCCGCGCAGCUCAUCGCUGUGUCCUCCAUCUUCACCUACGACAUCUACCAGGCGUACAUUAACCCCUCCGCCAAGGGCAAGCGCCUCGUCUGGAUCUCGCACAUGUCCUGUGGAAUCUUCGCCGUAUGCAUGGCCGCCUUCGCCACCGGCCUGUACUACGCCGGCAUCGGCAUGGGCUACCUCUACCUGCUCAUGGGCGUCAUCAUCUCGUCCGCCGUGUUCCCCGGCGCCAUGACGCUGGUCUGGAAGGGCCAGAACCGGGUCGCCGCGGCGGCCUCUCCCGUCCUCGGCCUCGCCAUGUCCCUCAUCGCCUGGCUCGUCACCGCAAAGAAAGAGUACGGCGUGCUCACCGUGACCACCACCGGUGCAAACUACCCCAUGCUCGCCGGCAAUGUGGCCGCCCUACUCAGCCCGCUCGUGUUCUCCCCGGUCCUGACGUACGCCUUCGGCCCGCAAAACUACGACUUCGAGUCGAUGCGCGCGAUCCGCAAGGUCGACGACACGGACGUCGCGGCCGCCGCCCACGUCGACAUCGAGCUCAUCCCGGGCGAGGCGCCGGCCAUCACCGAUGCCGCCGCUGCGGCCGAGGAAGAGCGCAAGCUCAACCGCGCGGCGCUGUACUCGCGCACGCUCACCAUCGGCAUGGUGUUUUGCUUCUUGAUCCUGUGGCCGAUCCCGAUGUACGGCUCGUCGUAUGUGUUCAGCAAGAAGUUCUUCACGGGCUGGGUGGUCGUCGGCAUCAUCUGGAUGUUCUUCACGGCGUUCGGUGUCGUCAUCUUCCCGCUGUAUGAGGGCCGCGAGAGCAUUGUGCGGACCGUGCGGCUGAUGGCGCUGGAUGCGAUGGGCCGCAAGCCGCGGAAGAUUCACGGGCAGAAGGAGGAUGGUGGACCCGAUGAAAUGACCUCUGGCGUGGCGACGCCGACGGAGAAGGUGGGUGUCAAGGAGUAG